CCAAAAUCCAAGGAAAACCAAUCCCUUCCUUAACCUUCACGCAUCCAUUACAUUUCUCUCUUUCUCUCGCUCUCUCUCUCUCUCCAUAAAAACUCUUUGCUUUUCAAUCAAUAUCUCUGCAUUCUAUGCAUUUAUUUAUAGCCCUCACAACACCCUCUCAUUGGCUGCUCAUUGAUUCUAAAUCCACAAAACUCUCUCACUCACUCAACUUACCCCUUCCAAUUUCCACUCCAUGCACCACAACAACACACUUUCUCGAGAAAACACGGGAAAAAACAGAGCUUUACACAGAGAAAACACAGGGGAGUUAAAAGAAAACAGAGGAGGCUUUUCUUUUCUCUUACAUUACUUUCUUUCCUUUCCUUUUCUUUCCUUUUUCUUGGGUGGUUCUUCCACAUGAAUUCUUGCAAAGAAAAAGUGGGUAAUCAACAGAAACAAGUUUGGAUUCAAGGACCUAUCAUAGUAGGCGCUGGACCAUCUGGUCUAGCAGUCUCGGCUUGUCUCAAGAACAAUGAUGUACCUUCUUUGAUUCUCGAAAGAUGUGAUUGUUUAGCUUCUUUAUGGCAACAAAGAACCUAUGAUCGUCUCAAACUUCACCUCCCCAAACAGUUCUGUGAGCUUCCCCUGUUUGGUUUCCCAGAAAAUUUCCCCAAAUACCCAACUAAACGCCAGUUCAUAUCGUACGUAGAGUCAUAUGCUGAACACUUUUCAAUUGCUCCAAUGUUCAAUCAAGAAGUGGAGAGAGCUGAGUUUGAUCAUGGAAAUGGGGUUUGGAGAGUUCAAACUCAAGAUUGUGAGUAUAUUUCAAGGUGGUUGAUCGUCGCCACGGGCGAAAAUGCCGAGCCUAGUGUACCUGAAAUUCAGGGGAUUGAGAGGUUUGAAGGGACUAUGGUGCAUACAAGUUUGUAUAAGUCUGGUUCUGAAUUUACAAACCAGAGGGUAUUGGUUGUUGGGUGUGGAAAUUCUGGUAUGGAGGUUAGUUUGGACCUGUGUAGGCACAAAGCAAGCCCACAUGUGGUGGUUAGAAGCACUGUUCAUAUUUUGCCUAGGGAGAUGUUUGGGUUCUCAACAUUUGGAAUAGCAAUGGCACUUCUUAAAUGGCUACCUCUAAGACUAGUAGACAAGUUCCUCCUACUUGUGGCCAGCUUCACCUUAGGCAACACAGACAAGUUGGGCCUCCGGCGGCCCAAAACCGGCCCCAUUGAGCUAAAAAAUGCCACUGGAAAAACCCCGGUGCUCGACGUUGGAGCAUUGUCACAAAUAAAAUCCGGUAAAAUCAAGGUGAUAGAAGGUGGAGUGAGAGAGAUAACAAGAAAUGGAGCUAAGUUCAUGGAUGGACAAGAGAGAGAGUUUGAUUCUAUAAUCUUAGCAACUGGGUACAAGAGCAAUGUGCCUUGUUGGCUCAAGGGUAGUGAUUUCUUUACAGAAGAAGGGAUGCCCAAAACACCAUUUCCAAGGAGUUGGAAAGGAGAGAAUGGAUUGUACACAGUUGGGUUCACAAGAAGAGGACUACUUGGCACUGCAUCAGACUCCUUCAACAUUGCUAGAGACAUUGCUGAUCAGUGGAGUAGAAUCAAGGACUGCAAUAACAUUUCUUGUUCCCAAAUUACCCUCCAAAGAUUGAGAAAAGAAAACUAUUGGAAAUAACAGAGAAUCUAUAUAUGUAUGUAUGCAUAUGUAGGGUUAUUUUCAGAGGGUUUAUAGUAUAUUAUGGGCCUUUUUUUUUCUUUUUUUUUUUAACUUGUUUUUCUCCACUAAGCAGAACCUCUGUUUUGAUUUUCACCUUCUUGUUCUUUCUGUUUUUUUUUUUUUUUUUUUUUUUUUUUUUUUUUUUUUUGUCUCAGUUGUAAAUCAAUCAAUUUUGCAUGGAGGUCUGCCUAACCUUCUCUUAUGCAGUAAUGGUUCUUAGCCUUGUAUUAUACAAUUCUUGAAUAGAAUAUUGUCUCUUGGUAUUCCACUUUCAAGAUGUGGAACAUAUAUUUUUAGGUGAAUUGC